AUGGAGUUUCUAUCAACAGUCACCAGUAGCAGACCCCGCGUGGGCUUCGACAAGCACAGCGUAGACCGGUUGGAGAAGCUGUUCCGAGCUACAGUGGGAGAUGAGAAAGAGAUCACCAGAGAACAGUUCCAGAAAAUAGUUGUGUCCAAAAAUCCCUUUUUCACGGAGCGAGUGUUCCAAAUCUUCGAUGAAGAUGACUCCGGUGCCAUCUCCCUCCAGGAGUUCAUUGCAGCCGUCCAUCAGUUCGCUGGACAGACGCCCGAGGACAAGAUACGAUUCCUGUUCAAGGUUUAUGAUUUGGAUGGUGAUGGCCUGAUCCAGCACCGUGAGCUGCAGCACGUGAUGCGAGCCUGCAUGGAGGAGAACGGCAUGCAGUUCAGUGACGACCAGCUGCUGGAGCUCACCACCGCCAUGUUCGACGACGCUGACACUGAGCGCCGCGGUGCCAUCACUUACGAUGCCUUGAAGAAGCAGCUUGAGAGUCACGAUGGAUUGCUGGAGAAUCUGUCUAUCAGCAUAGACCGUUGGCUAGUCCCUCCGAAGCAGGACCCGCAGCCAGUCUCCUUCAAACAGCGCCUGUCCAGACUGAAGCCCUACCAGCUGUCGCGGCCCUACUUCAAGAACAACUACGUAUUCCUCACGUAUUUGGGUCUGUUCACUCUUGUAAAUGUGGGACUCUUCGUCGCUCGCUGCGUGGAGUACCGCAAGGCAAACGGAUUUGUUAUAUUAGCCAGAGCUUGUGGUCAAUGUCUAAACUUCACGUGUUCCUGGGUGCUGGUCCUAAUGCUGCGACACUGCCUCACGGAGCUCCGAGUCCGUGGGUUCAGCUCGUACCUGCCCCUGGACCACCACAUCUACCUGCACAAACUGACCGGCGUGCUCAUUGCUGUGUACAGCCUCGUGCACACGCUGAUGCAUCUUUGUAACUUUAGUAUAAUCGUAGUAAACGACCCAGUCUUGAAUAAAGCUAACUACACACUCUCGGAAUGGUUGCUGACGGAGAAGCCGGGUCUGUUCGGUCUGGUGCCGGGCUGUGCCAACCCCACCGGUGUAGCCCUCGCCGUUAUACUGUUCGUCAUGUUCAUCUGCAGCCAGCCUUUUAUUAGACGGGGCGGGAGUUUCGAGAUAUUCUACUGGUCCCACCUGCUGUACGUGCCGUUCUGGCUGCUGCUGCUGGUGCACGCGCCCAACUUCUGGAAGUGGUUCGUGCUGCCCGGCACCGUCUACGUGGCCGAGAGGAUCAUGAGGCUGGCUUGGAUGAGAUCAGAGCGCGGCAAGACCUACAUAUCAUCAGGCAUCCUGCUCCCAUCACGCGUGACCCACCUGGUGGUGAAGCGACCCCCACUCUUCCACUUCCACGCUGGAGACUACGUGUUUGUGAACAUCCCUGCUAUAGCUACCUAUGAGUGGCAUCCUUUUACCAUCAGCAGUGCUCCUGAACAGGAAGAAUAUAUCUGGCUACACAUCCGUGGCGUUGGAGAAUGGACCAACCGAUUGUACUCCUACUUCGAGAGAGAACAAGCCAGGUUACACGGGGAAGAACUGCCGGCAAUUGAAAAUGGACAUCAGCAGCUAGCUCGUUCAAUAUCCAGCCAAAGUAAGAAGAGCCGUAAGGGUUCAGUAGCUAGCACUAAGAAGAGGUCUGUGGACUUCUCCCCCAAGUGCUUCACCAAUGAUGCUUAUGUUGCAGAGGAAGGCAAUGGAGACGUCAAACAAAAUGAUGCACCGUCACCAACAAAGAUAUCGUAUCACCCCUCACUACUGCUGGCUCCGCCUCGCACUCUAGAGAAGUCUCGCUCCAUGCCCGACGUACAGAAGAAUUUGAAGAAACGACAGCGCUUAAUAGCUCUUCGCGACUUCAUGCGUUCAGAGUCAGAAAGCAAGUUGGACGAGGGCUCCAUGCUGAGCGCUCGCAGGACCUUCGGGCUAGCCAGCAAGAUACCGCAGAACAAAUCCUUAGUACACAGCUUCAGGUACAUGAGGACCAAGCCUACGAUCAUCGCCUUCAAGACUCCUAGCUUUGAGGAGAGGAGGAGGAGUAAUGAUAGCAUUUUGACUCUUGCUCGUCGUCGUCUAUCAAAGAGCUUGUCUCCAGAUAGAGACGUUGAAUGUCAGCCAGAGAAGAUCGUAGAGUGUGAGAAUGAUGGUUCAGAGGCUACUGAUGAUUUCGAAGCCAACUAUCCUAUUGGAAAACCUCUGGAGAUCUACCUCGACGGUCCAUACGGCGCAGCCUCCUCACACAUCUUCCUGGCCCAGCACGCAGCUCUCGUGGCGGCCGGCAUUGGGGUCACUCCCUUCGCGUCCAUACUGCAAGCUGUGAUGUACCGCUACUGGAGUGCCAGGCAGGACUGUCCUAAGUGUGGGCAUACGUGGGCGUCUGAUAUGCCCCGACAUAAUAUGAAUUUAAAGAAGGUGGAUUUCUUCUGGAUAAACCGUGAGCAGCGUUCAUUCGAGUGGUUCGUAUCGCUGCUGUCUCAAUUGGAGAUAGAACAGGCAGAGCUGGGUGGAGCUAUGGAACGGUUUCUGGAGAUGCACAUGUAUAUCACCAGCGCGUUACAGAAGUCAGAUAUGAAGGCCGUUGGACUGCAGUUAGCUUUGGAUCUUUUGCAUGAGAAGGAGAAACGUGACUUAAUAACAGGUUUGAAGACCAGAACGAACGCGGGUCGUCCGAACUGGGAUAAAGUGUUCAAACAACUGCAGGAACAGAACAAAGGGAAGGUCACAGUCUUCUACUGCGGACCUCCACAGCUCGCCAAGAUACUCAGGGUCAAAUGUGACCAGUUUGGAUUUGGAUUCAGAAAAGAAGUCUUUUAG